AUGUUGCUGAGCAGGCAACGCAAGGGUUUGGAGCUUCUCACAACUGCCCGCCUCACAUCCACCCGAACACCGCUUCAGCGUGCGAUCGUAGCCGCUCCUCGACUCACGCCUUCGCCUCGUAGCUUCUCUACAGCAUCACCAGCCAUGUUUGCGCUCACACCAUGGCGUGGUACGCCAGGCGCUCAGCCCAAGACCUUCAGCCAGCAGAGAAACCUGCCUCGCCUUCCCGUGCCGAGCUUGGAGCAGACAUUUGACAAGUACCUCAAGUCACUUUCGCCUUUCCUUCGUCAACUCGAAGAGCAGGGCAAGCUCGAAGGCAGCACUGCAGAGAAGGAGCUCGCCAAGCGAAAGCAGUGGGUUCAGGACUUCCUUGCACAAGGUGGUCUUGGCCAUAAGCUUCAGCAGAGGCUCAUUGACGUGGAUCGCACCACCAACAACAACUGGCUCGAUGACCGAUGGUGGUUGCAAAAGGCAUACCAUGAAUGGCGUGUGCCGCUCAUGAUCAACAGCAACUGGUGGCUCAUGUUCACGCCGGACAAAAACAUGCCCGCCGAGGUGUUUGAGCAAAGCGGCCGCGAUGCUUAUCCUAUCCUUGGUCUUGGCUCGCAAGGCUGGGACGAUGCCGCUUGGGGUAUCCGACGUGCCGCAUGGCUCACUUCGCGCUUCCUCCAAUUCAAGAAGCGUCUUGACGACGAGGACAUUAUGCCUGAUUCCUCGCGAGCGGGUGCGUUCUGCAUGCACCAAUACACACGGCUUUUCGGAAUCACGCGGAUUCCUGGGCUCCCUCACGACUGGAACACGGCGACACCACACCCAGCCAAGGCGCGACACAUUACGGUGAUCGCACGAGACAACUACUACGAGCUUGAGGUGCUGCGCAAGGAUGGCUCGCUUCUUGGCGUCGACGCACUUGAAAAGGCACUGUGGGAUAUUAUUGCUGAUGCCAAGAAGGGUGACGGCGCCGGUGUGGGUGUGCUCAGCUCUGACAACCGCGACAGGUGGACCAAGACACGAGAACACCUGCUGAGCGUGUCGCCGAUGAACCGCAAGAGCAUCAACUCGAUCGAGGACAGCUUGCUUUGUGUUUCAUUGGAUUCGAGCAUCCUGGCUCUCUCUCCAGAGCACCCUGCGCCGGCGCACGAAGCGACGCCUGUAUGGGUGGACGCUCUGGCCCGCAACUGCAGUGGUGCUGGACGAGGUGGACACAACCGAUGGUUUGACAAGGCGCUCUCGAUCGUCGUCGAGCCCAACGGACGAGCGGGUAUUAUGGGCGAACACUCGCCUUGCGAUGCUCUGAUCCCCAGUAUCCUGUGUGACUAUGCGGCUGCUGAGCCAUGCCCUCCUCCUGGCUCGAGCUUGCCCUCUGAGCUCACCUCGCCGAACGAGUCGGCAGGCUGGAAGAAGUUGGAAUGGAGAGUGGACGAGUCGACGCAGCAAUCAAUCCAGCAGUCGGAAGAGGCAGCUCUACAGGCUGCUAAAGAGUCAGACAUUCGCACGCUCUGGUACGACGAGUAUGGAGCUGACUGGAUCAAGAAAGUUGGCAAGCAUAGUCCAGACGCAUAUCUGCAGAUGGCACUUCAGCUCGCCUACGCCAAGGCACACGGACAACAAGUCUCAACCUACGAGACGGCAUCGACACGUCUGUUCAAGCAUGGACGUACAGAUGUGAUCCGCUCAUUUAGCGAUGAAGCAUACGACUUUGUCCGUGGCAUUCGUGAAGGCAAGGACGCAAAGACGCUCUACGCGCUCUUGACAGCAGCGACCAAGUCUCACAACACGCAGACGCGAGAAAGCUCGACAGGCAAGGGUAUCGAUCGCCACAUGACUGGACUACGAUUGCUGAUGCGUGCCGAGGAUGGCGAAGCACCUGCCAUCUUCUCUGAUCCGUUGUUCGGCGAAUCGCAGUCAUGGCGAUUGAGUACGAGUGGAUUGAGUGCUGGUGACCGAUUCGCAGGAACCGGAUUCGGUACCGGCUACCCGACCGAGUCGUACGGUAUCAACUACCUCGCUGGUGCAAGGCUGCUCAAGUUUGGUAUCGAGUCCAAGAAUGGCGCCACGACCGACUUCGCCAAGUGCAUUGUUGAAGCAUUGCGUGAGAUGCGACGCAUCUGCGAACAGGGCGGACCCCCUCCCGAAGCUACUCAAUCGCACAAGCUAUGA